ACAGUAACAUGGCUCAAAGCCAACGGCAAUGCUUCUCAUUUCCCAUCAUUUUCCUUCUCAUUUUCCUAUCCUCUUAUACGGGACAAUCACGUCCACCAUUCGCGUGCGACCCCAACAAUGCAUUGUCCAAAACCUUCCCCUUCUGUAGCGUUUCUCUUCAUAUAAGAGAUAGGGUUAAAGAUUUGCUGGGACGACUGACAUUGCAGGAAAAAAUAAGAUUGCUAGUAAAUAAUGCUGCACCGGUGGAGAGGUUAGGUAUCAAGGGCUACGAAUGGUGGUCGGAGGCGCUUCAUGGGGUGGCUAGAUCACCCGGAGUCCAUUUUGGAGGUGAAUUCCCCGGUGCAACCAGCUUCCCUCAAGUUAUCACCACCGCCGCCUCAUUCAAUGCUUCCUUGUGGGAACAAAUUGGCCGGGUGGUUUCUGAUGAAGCGAGAGCAAUGUACAAUGGAGGGGCUGCCGGUCUAUCAUUUUGGAGCCCAAACGUGAACAUAUUCAGAGAUCCGAGAUGGGGGAGGGGCCAGGAAACCCCCGGUGAAGACCCCAUUGUGGCUUCUAGGUACGCCACCAGUUACGUGAGGGGGCUUCAGAGCCCAGUUGGGAAUAGCUUGAAGGUUGCUGCUUGUUGCAAACACUACACUGCUUAUGACCUGGAUCAGUGGAAUGAUGUGGACCGCUUCCAUUUCAAUGCCAGGGUAAACAAACAGGACUUGGAGGACACUUACAACGUGCCCUUCAAAGCUUGUGUGGUGGAGGGCAGGGUGGCCAGUGUAAUGUGCUCGUACAAUCAGGUCAAUGGAAAGCCCACCUGUGCUGAUCCCAGCCUGCUUCGUGGAACCAUCCGUGGGCAGUGGCGGCUGGAUGGGUAUAUUGUCUCUGAUUGUGAUUCCGUCGACACUUUCUUUAAUCAACAACAUUUCACCCCCACUCCAGAAGAUGCAGUUGCAGCUACCAUUAGAGCAGGAUUGGAUUUGGACUGUGGGCCUUUUCUUGCAAUUUUCACUGAGAGGGCCAUUCGUGCCGGCAAACUAUCCGUGGCGCUUGUUGAUGCGGCCUUAACAAACACAUUACAUGUCCAAAUGCGCUUGGGCAUGUUCGAUGGAGCUAGACAGCCUUACCUGAACUUGGGUCCAAAAGAUGUCUGUACACCCGCCCACAAACAACUAGCCCUUGAAGCUGCCCAUCAAGGAAUUGUUCUUCUCCAGAAUAGGGCCAGGUCUUUGCCUCUGUCUACACACCUUCACCACACUGUUGCCGUGAUUGGGCCCAAUUCUGAUGCCACGGAAACUAUGAUAGGCAACUAUGCUGGGAUACCAUGUGGUUACAUUAGCCCUUUGCAAGGCAUAGGAAGAUAUGCUAGGACAAUUCAUCAAGCAGGGUGCAAUGGUGUUGCUUGCAUCAGUAACCACCAAUUUGGUGCAGCUGAGGCUGCUGCCCGGCAGGCAGAUGCAACUGUCCUAGUGAUGGGGCUAGAUCAAUCGAUUGAAGCCGAAGCCAAGGAUCGAUUAAGCCUCCUUUUGCCUGGACUACAGCAGGAACUUGUCUCCAGGGUGGCAAGAGCUUCAAGAGGACCUGUAAUUUUAGUCUUGAUGUGUGGCAGUCCUGUGGAUGUCACAUUUGCCAAGAAUGAUCCACGCAUUGCAGCCAUCUUGUGGGCCGGCUACCCUGGUCAAGCUGGAGGUGCUGCCAUUGCUGAUAUAAUUUUUGGAACAACCAAUCCAGGAGCAAAGCUUCCCAUGACAUGGUAUCCACAGGACUAUGUAGUUAAAGUGCCAAUGACAGAUAUGGGUAUGAGGCCGGAUCCAUCAAGAGGCUAUCCGGGACGAACUUACAGAUUUUACAAAGGACCAGUUGUGUUUCCAUUUGGUUUUGGUCUGAGUUAUACAGCUUUUAAGGUAGCGUUAGCCCAUGCUCCAACCACCGUUCCAGUGACUCUAGCAAGCAAUUAUGCAUUUAAAAAUAUGACAUUGUUGAAGGAUGCAGUCAGAGUUUCUCACAGCAACUGUGAUGCUAUGAAGUUAGGCAUGCAUUUUGAUGUACAAAAUGUAGGAGAAAGGGAUGGAAGUCAUUCUCUUUUAGUAUUUUCAACACCUCCAGCCGGUAAAUGGGCUCCUGCAAAGCAAUUGGUUGCAUUCGAGAAAGUCCAUGUCUUGGCUGGGGCUCAACAGAGGAUUAGUGUUCAUUUUGACGCCUGCAAGCACCUCAGUGUUGUGGACCGAUUUGGAAUUCGAAGAAUUCCGAUGGGUGUGCACAGUCUUCAAAUUGGAGAUCUUGAGCACGCCAUAACACUCCAAGUUUGAAGUUAGAAGUAAUAGUGGUGUGUUCUUUGGUACAAUUCUGGAUUUCAACCCUAUGAAACAACAGCAAUUGUGAAUGUGACAUGGUUCAUAGGGAUUAUAUAUAUUAAAAGAAAGGAAAUUUGGUUAGUCAUGAAUGAAUACGACCAGAUCAAGUGUAGAAAAAGGUUGUAAUGCAUCUUAGAUUGGCAAGUGUAGAAAGAACUCGAUGAUGUACUUCUUACACAUGAAAUAAUUGAAGAAUUGAAAGUUUGGUGUGUUGUUA